AUGGAAGGCCGACUCUUCAACACUGGGGUGGUGAAAUCCGAUACCUCUAUCUCAGAAGAUCUGAAACGGUCUCUGAGAGAGGCAGUGCGUCCGUUGGAGGAUGUGCCGGAAAAGCAAAAGGACUAUCAUCGCGGCUCGGAUAGGAAAGUGGUUGAUCUAGUCCAUCCUGUUGGACAGGGAGAGGUGUUUUCUCUGCCUCCAAAAGACCAAGCUACUAUUUUCGACUACAUUUAUAAUGACCCUGAGAUCGAUGCUGGUUCCAGAUGGCGGCUGGGUCGCUUUCGAGAUCUGCAGCCAUUUAGCCGCAAGUUCCAGUGGAUGCCCUGCGACGUGGAGUUCACCCAGGAUGGCGGAUGUCACAUUGUGUCAUACAUUAACAGCCUUCAUCCUAAUGAAUAUCGCCCAUUGUGCGGGGUGAGAGGGGGCGCUUUAAACACCACCUCGUACGAAAGGGUGGAAUUUCACGAUCACUCGGACCCAGAGCCCAAAGCCGAAACCGAGGAAGUAGAAAGCGAGGAACUCUAUGAUCGAUACGAAGAAUGGGAGAGCUUCGCGCAGAAGGGGCUGCAGGUGAUCUUUAAACUAGCGAAUAUCGAACUGGCACCCGAGAAACCGGACUAUGAAGGUGGAAUAUGGCAUGUAGAAGGCCAGAUGCACAUCUGCGCCACAACCCUAUGCUACUAUGACAGUGAGAACAUCACAGAGAACAACCUCUCAUUCCGUCAACGCGCAGAAACAGAUCCCAACAAUAUUCUCUAUCCUCAAGGACGGCACGAAUUCCUAUACAAGGUGUUUGGCUUCGGUCCUGAUAUUGAUUCCAACGGUGAAACCCACAUCACCCAGCAUCUAGGAAGUGUGUCCACGCAUGAGGGCCGGCUUCUCGCUUUCCCGAAUAUCCUCCAACAUCGCGUGUCGCCGUUUUCGCUGGCAGAUAGAUCCAAACCAGGCCUUCGUAAGAUUCUGGCGCUUUUCCUCGUCCUAAUAUUCACGUAA